CAAUAUGAUUAAAAAGGUAUAAAUGGUAAAGAUAACGUCGUACAUGUUACCAGUAUUAUUUAUCAAAGUGGAACCAUGAGUGUUUCAAGCAAUGUGAUUGCCUAAUACGAACAAAAGGUAUGUGCUCAUCGUUUUCUUUAGUAGCGUGAGCUUUACUAUCACAGAUAAUUUUAACUAUACAUGUUUAAAGUUCAACGUCAAAGCCUUCUGUUAUGUUUCAUAUUUAUAUAUCUCAUUCUGUACAUACUGUCCUAGAAAUAUUGCGAUUAUUUUUUGUCAUCCUGUAUAUCUCAUACAGAGCAACCAUAAAUCUGGCUUGUAACCAGGCAGAAUGAGCUUCAAUAAGAUGAGACCUCUCCUCUACUGCACAGGAGCCACAGUUAUUUUCCUUCUAUAUUAUGUGUAUCUCGAAAAGUUAGGAACGUACAAGAUCGAACAGCAGCAAACCUUCUAUCCGCCUUCCAACAGAAAUUUUCUUCGGAACAUUAACGAUGGUUACCAUAAGCUGCUGAAUAUCCACUUUCGCUAUAAACAUAUUCCAGAAUUGUGUAAUGAAAGUGACAGAUAUGUGAUAGGUGUAAUCUCCAGUCCUGAUCAUCUCGAAAAUAGGAAUAUUAUCAGAUUGACAUGGGGUCAGAAGGCUCUGGGUAUCAAGGUCUUCUUUCUAAUUGCAAACACAACAGAUGAAGCAUUGCAAUUAAGCAUCAACAGUGAGUCUUUAGCAUUCAGAGAUAUCGUCCAAGGCGAUUUCCAUGAUUCGUACCAAAACCUCUCGUACAAACAUGUAAUGGCCUUGAAAAUGGUCGAGGAUAAUUGCCCAAAUAUUAAAUACUUGGUCAAAGUUGAUGAUGAUACUUUUGUCAACACACCAAACCUGAAAGAGUUUCUCGAUCAGUACGAUCAAAAAUAUGGAAAUAGCAGCAACCUCCUUUGUAAUAUUAUGGAAUAUAGUCCUGCCUUAAGAGAUGGGAGAUGGAAGGUGUCCGUGGAAAUGUUUUCUGGAGAAUACUACCCGAAGUACUGUUCUGGCUACUUCAUCAUCUAUCCAAUGGCAGCCAUAUCAGCCAUAUACCGAGAAUCUCAAAAUGAAAAUGUCAAAUUCCUUUGGGUGGAUGACGCAUUCGUAUCAGGCGUUUUAGCUGAAAAAGCCGGAAUCAACCAUACCAGCGUAAGGAAACUGUCACUGGAUUACGUGAAUGUGACAAAAUUCAUGGAAGACUUUGAAGAAUUUGGAGGCAGACCCUUCCUGGUAGGCAGGAUGAAUUUAGACACCGGAGACUUGAAAACGCUAUGGGCGUUCUUGAAAGACCACGUGCCAAAAACUAAUAUCCUGGAGAGACUAGAGUUGCACCAUCUGUGAUAUUGUAGUUCUGAUAAGUUUAAAUAAAACUUAAGCAAAUAAUGGUAGGUGCUCUUAAUAAACGCACAAUGACUCAUA